GAUUUGAAUAUGACAUCAAUAAUAUAAUUGGAGCAGGAAUUUUUGCGACAUCUAGCAGCGUAUGGAGACUAGUGCAAUCACCAGGAGCUGCCUUAAUGAUUUGGCUUGCUGGUGGUUUCAUAAGUUUAUUUGAUUCAACUGAGGAAUUAGCCUCCCCCGAAACACGACUGAAGCGCUCAAACAUUUCUAGUGUACUCAUUGCUUUUAUAUUUUAUUUUCUAACUAAUGUUGCAUUUAUAACGGUAGUCGAUCCUAUAAAUGCAAUAUAUUCUGAUGAUAUUAUUGUGGAUAUUCCCUUUUGGGUGAACUCGGAAAAACGCUUAUUUCGAUACUCAUCACAAUUUCUACUUUUGUAUCUUCUUAACAGUGGCUCUCGCAUUAUAUCAUAUUCUGCCAAAACUGGAUUUAUACCAAAAUUUUCUGAUAAGUUAUAUUAUUGGGAUGAAAGAUUUGGAACUCCAUUUAAUGCUUUGCUUUUGCAAUUUGUUUAUUGUGCAGUUUUGAUUCUUUUAUUCCCUGGAGCGGGAAGUACGGGCUUUUUUACAUUUUUUGCGCACAUGUCUGGGUAUUUAACUGUGGUUUUUUAUGGUGUCAGUGCAAUUUGUAUACUUAUUUUAAGAAUAAGACCAGAAAAAUCCGAAGUCUUUUACAGUCAUUUUUAA